CUCCCCAACUCGGCGUUCCCCGCCUUAGCUCCCCUCCCCCGGGGGGCCCGACCGUGGAGAAGGAGGACAGACACUUAGACACAGGUGUUGAAAGACCGCUUCCGGUAGAAAGCGGCUGGCGAGUAACUGCAGGAGUGCAGGGGUUGGGCCCUCAGGGGACACACCCGGGGCCAGCUCAGCUCAAGGAGUGGCGAGGUGGAGCUGUCGCUGCGGCCGGGGCUAGCUGAUCCGCUGUGUUCGAAGGUAAACAGGUGGAUUGCCACACGGCCAUGCCCGGGAUCAGGCUCCUCCUGCCUCUGAUACUCCUUUAUAAUUCUGGAUCACUGGGCAGAGGUGUUAAUGUCUGUGAUAUCAAUAAUGGGACUGAAAAUGAGAAUCCAUCCCUCAGUAAUCUACAUCAAGUAGGCCAAUUAUGCUGUCGGUCGUGUCCUCCUGGCACACGUAAACAUGCUGACUGUACAGCCAAUUGGGGCGAACCGGAAUGUAAAUCCUGUAAAGAAGGGAAGGAAUACACUGAUGAAUACCAUUAUUCUUCUGAGUGCAGAAGAUGCAAUCUUUGUGAUGGAGAACAUGGCUUAGAAGUAGAAACAAACUGCACUGUCACCCAGAAUACCAAGUGCAGAUGCAAACCAAACUUUUUUUGUGAUGCUCUUCAAUGUGAACACUGUAAUCCUUGCACCAGAUGUGAACAUGGAAUCAUUGAGGAAUGCACACGAACCAGCAACACCAAAUGCAAAGUUUGGGCAGUAUGCAAAAAGCGAAGAAAAGAAAAACGUCAUCAAGGCGAAUCUGCAAUCUUAAAAUCUGAAACUGUACCAAUGAAUUUUUCAGAUAUUGACAUUGGUAAGUAUAUUACCAUUUUUGCUGAAGAAAUGAAAAUAAAUGAAGUUAAAGAAUUUGUUCGGAAGAAUGGUAUCAAUGAAGCCAAAAUAGAUGAGAUAAAGAACGACAACCUCCAAGAUACAGCUGAACAGAAAGUCCAGUUGCUUCGUAAUUGGUAUCAACUUCAUGGGAAGAAAGAUGCCUAUAACACUUUGAUUCAAGGUCUCAGAAAAGCUAAUCUUUGUGCACUUGCAGAGAAAUUUCAAGAUAUAGUCCAGAAAGACAUUGCUAGGGACCAGGAAGCUUCAAACAUCAGAGAUGAAAAUGAAAUACAAAGCUUGCCCUAGGAAUAAAACAACUAAUUCAGUUCUGUGUAUGCAGUUGGAAGGAAGAAGGAAGGAAGGAAGGAAAGGAAGGAAGGAAGGAAGGAAGGGAGGGAGAAAUGAUAAGUGGGAAAGUUCUAAAUAGCUGAAGGCUGUAAAGACUGCUUCACUUUUCACUGGAUGUAUUUUUUUUUCAUUCAUUAGAUUUUUAGAACAAAUCUAAUCCUAUCUUCAAGGAUGUUUGAAAUAUCUUAGGAGGACAGAGACAAGAGUAAGUGUGAUGGCAUGCUAAGCAUCCAAACAGAUGAUCAGUGUCGUAUUUUAGCAUCUAACUCAUAAUUUUGUAAAAGAUAUGUAUAAAAGUACAGGCAUUUAUCCAUAGGCUGACCUAGUUUUGUGAAAAACUAUGAACUUUUAUUGUAAUGUCUCAGUUACUGAAAAUACCACUUUGCCUCUAAAUUUCUUCGCUAACUCUAUGUUGAGUCUGGAGAUUCUGUCAUAUUUGUAAACUUUGUUUAUACAUGUGAAAGGAGUAAAUUCAGGCAGUUUUCCAUAUAUGUUUAAAUGCAGAAUUUAAUACGAUACUACCUCAAAGAUCUUUGCACAGGUUGUUAGAAUUUUAUUUUGUAAUAUUUCCUUUCGAAUUCAAAUGGAAAACACGGAUUUAUUUGUAACACUUGAAUAUUUUGCAUGUAUAUGACAUUUUUCUUGAUCAGAAUCUUCUCAUUCAUUCUCCGGUACCAGGAGCAUUUUGAAGAAGAGAGAACUAUUACAGCCUUGUCAUGUGUCCAUUUACUCCCUGUUGUUCAUCUUGGUGGUGUUUAGUUUCCCUAAACCUGGAAGGAUGGCCACAUGCAAGACUGCUCUUAGACACUCUAUCCUGGUUUAGAGAGACUUACUGCUGUAAUUGAGUGUAACCUUGAGGGUACCUUGAACCCAUGUCUUCCACUAAAAGUAAAAAGAUUCCUAUUUCAUCCCCAGCCUGAAAAAUGUUCAAUCAGUUACCAUGUUCUCUUUUGUGGCAAAAAAGGAAACUGCUAAUCGUACGUAGCAAAGCUAAAAAUCAUCAAAAGAUAAAAUUUAGGAACUGCUCUUGCCAUUCCCUGAAGAUGCUCAAAACAACGCCCUCUCUCUAGCACUACUUUGUCACUUAUAUAUUUAAAGCUCUUUGUAAGCCUAUCUGAAAUGUGAAUUUCUAUAAAUAUUUAUAUUUGUAGACAUGUGUAAUAAAUUGAACAAAAUUAUAACCUGACAGUUACUCGAUAGGCCUAUAAGACUUCCAUGAAUGGACAAGAUGUUCCCUUGUGUUUGGAAAUCUAAAAUAUAGGUAAGAAAUUAAUUAAAAUAUUUUUGGAGUUUCUGGUUA